CGGGGAAAUAUUUUGGUGUAACAUGAAAACAAGCACGGCUUAGGUUUGUGUUCGCCACAAGUUACCACAUCCACAAAAUCAUAAAGCCCGCCUAUUUCUACAAUUUAUCUUCUUAAAAUGUGAGUUAAACCUAACCCUAACCUUAAAUUAAGACCAAUAAGCAAAUAUUUACAUGACAUUUUACGAUAUAGGCCAUUUUGACUUUGUAGUUGUGGUAACUAGUGGACUCCCAGUUUUGAUCAUGUUGACAUGUCUGUAGAAAUGUGUAAGUUUCUUUCAAUAUGUUUUAAAUCUUUAUUAUUAGAAACACAAUUUACUAAUGUUUAUUUGGGGUUCAUCUGUUUUCUUAAUACGGGUAGUUCGGGAAGCUAAUCUUGCGAUGUCAACAAAAUUGUAGCUAGCUAACCAGAUAACGUUAGCUAACUACUGUUGCUAGCUAAGUUAGCAGACUUUCAAUUUUUUGCUAACAAAUAUGCCACAAAGUAUCCUAUAUCCACAUUUUUGUUUAAUUAACUAUCUACCGAGAUACAAUGUUGCAUUAACAUCUUGCAAUUUAGGCCUAUCGUUCUUUUACGCCUUGGGAUUGCUAACUAAAUGUUAGCUGUGCCACUUGUCACAUGUCACUAGCUAACGUUAGCAGUUCGCGAUCUAAUAUGUUGCUCCCGUGCUGCACACAAUCGUAGCUGACUACAUUGUGACAACAUUUGUAAAAUAUCUUAAGUAUGAAAAGAAAGUAUGCUCAACAAAGUAUAUAGAAAGUAUGCUCAACAUAUUCGUUUAUAUAAAGUCGGCUAAACACAUUAGUUUGCUCACUACUAGACUACUUGCUAGAUGUCAGUUGGUAACUUUCAGCUGUACUGUAAAUGCUGUUUCCCCCCAGUAUACCAAGUUGUAAACAGCAAGAGAAUUCUCCCGGACAGAAGCUCUUCCAUAUGAACAAUGAGUGGCUCAAAGCCAGACAUUUUGUGGUCUCCCCACCACGCGGACCGCUAUGUCAUCUGUGACUCAGAGCUUGGACUGUACCGCAUCGGACCUGUGGGGUGCAGCGAGACCAAAGCCGGAGCUCUCCCCCUCUCUGUGGAGACCGCUGCUACCCUAUUAGCGAUCAACUCAGACACCCCAUACAUGAAAUGUGUGGCCUGGUACCCAAAGCACGAGCCUGAAUGUCUGCUAGCAGUUGGACAGGCUAACGGCAGGGUAGUCCUCACUAGCCUAGGCCAGAGCCACAACUCCAAGUGCAAGGAGCUGAUGGGGAAGGAGUUUGUGCCCAAGCAUGCACGUCAAUGCAACACCCUAGCCUGGAACCCUGUGGACAGCAACUGGCUAGCCGCCGGGCUGGACAAGCACAGAGCAGACUUCUCAGUGCUCAUAUGGGACAUUAGCAGUAAGUUCUCCCCAGAGGCUAGUGUAGCCGCUGAAAAGAUCCGUCUCUCGUCAGGAGACACAGACUCUGGCCUAGUGGUGACCAAGCCCCUGUAUGAGCUAGGCCAGAACGAUGCUUGCCUGUCCCUCUGCUGGCUGCCCCGCGACCAGAAGCUGCUCCUGGCUGGCAUGCACCGCAACCUGGCCAUCUUUGACCUGCGCAACACCAGCCAGAAGACCUUCGUCAACACCAAGGCCAUACAGGGUGUGACAGUGGACCCCCACUUCCCCGACCGCGUGGCCUCCUUCUUCGAGGGCCAGGUGGCCAUCUGGGACCUGCGCAAAUUUGAGAAGCCAGUGCUCACGCUCACCGAGCAGCCCAAGCCGCUCACCAAGGUGGCCUGGUGCCCCACGCGUAUGGGCCUGUUGGCCACGCUAACGCGUGACAGCAACAUCAUCCGCCUUUACGACAUGCAGCAUACGCCCACGCCCAUCGGCGACGAGACAGAGCCCACGAUCAUCGAGCGCAGCGUGCAGCCCAGCAACAGCCUCAUUGGCAGCUUCGCCUGGCACCCCACUUCCCAGAACCGCAUGGUGGUGGUUUCGGCUGCCAACCGCGUCAUGACUGACUUCACAGUGUUCGAACGUAUCUCUUUAGCCUGGAGCUCCACCACUUCGCUCAUGUGGGCCUGCGGCAGGCACCUGUACGAGUGUGCCGAGGGGGUGGGAGGGGAGGGUACAGUAGAGAAGGACAUAGCCACUAAGAUGAGGCAGAGGGCACAGUCCAGGUACGGUCAUGAUACGGUCCAGGUGUGGAAGAACCAUUUGCUGGCCGGAGGGGACGACCCCCAGCUCAAGUCCUUGUGGUACACUCUGUUCUUCAUGAAGCAGUACACUGAAGACGUGGAGCAGAAACAGCAGGGGAGCAAACAGGCCCUGGUCUAUUCAGGCAUCAAGAACAUAGUCAAGUCCAGCUCAGGCACUACAGAGAACCGGCGGUGCUGGAGCGGCUCAGACCGCCAGACGGACGUCCCCAGGUUCCACAGCGAGGAGCGCAGCCUUGCCCUUCGUCUGUGCGGCUGGAUCAACCGAGGCCCCGACAUCAACGUGGAGCCCUUCCUGCGCUCCCUGGAGGGGGAGGGCGAGUGGGAGCGUGCGGCCGCCGUGGCCCUCUUCAACCUGGACAUCCGCAGGGCCAUCCAGAUCCUCAACAAGGGAGCCUCCGCUGAGCGAGGCGACCUGAACCUAAACGUGGUUGCCAUGGCGUUGUCAGGCUACACGGACGAGAAGAGUUCCCUGUGGAGGGAGAUGUGCAGCUCUCUGAGGCUGCAGCUCAAGAACCCCUACCUGUGUGUCAUGUUUGCCUUCCUCACCAGUGAGCCUGGCACCUACGACGGAGUACUGUAUGAGAGUAGUGUGGCCGUAACGGACCGAGUGGCCUUCGCAUGCAUGUUCCUUAACGACUCACAGCUGCCUCGCUACAUGGAGAAGUUGACCAGUGAGAUGAAGGAGGUGGGGAACCUGGAGGGGAUCCUGCUGACGGGGCUGACCAAAGACGGAGUGGACCUGAUGGAGAGCUACGUGGACCGGACCGGAGACGUCCAGACCGCUAGCUUCUGCAUGCUCAAGGGCUCCCCAGGGGAGGUGGUGAAGGACCCACGUGUCCAGUGCUGGAUCGAGAACUACCGUAACCUGCUGGACGCAUGGAGGUUCUGGCACAAACGGGCUGAGUUUGACAUCCACAGGAGCAAGCUGGACCCCAGCUCCAAACCACUGGCACAGGUGUUUGUGAGCUGUAACUUCUGUGGGAAGUCCAUAUCGUACAGCUGUUCGGCCAUGCCCCACCAGGGCCGCGGCUUCAGCCAGUAUGGGGUCAGCGGAUCGCCCACCAAGUCAAAGGUCACCAGCUGCCCCGGCUGCAGGAAGCCCCUCCCCCGCUGUGCCCUCUGCCUCAUGAACAUGGGCACGCCUGUGUCCAACUGCCCAGGUACUGGACAUGGCACGGGGAAGUCAGAUGAGAAGGUGGAUCUGACCAGGGAAAACAAAUUGGCCCAGUUCAACAACUGGUUCACCUGGUGCCACAACUGCCGACAUGGCGGCCACGCAGGUCACAUACUCAGCUGGUUUAGGGACCAUACAGAGUGUCCAGUGUCGGCCUGCACCUGUAAGUGCAUGCAGCUGGACACCACAGGAAACCUGGUGCCUUCAGACAGCCACUAGAGGGGCCUCUGGUAGGGUCCACAGCCUAACACCUCCCUGUGCACUCUCACUACACUACGGCACCCACCAGUCGACACACCCCAGACUAAGCCAGGUUGCUGGGUACUGUUCUGGACAGGCCGCUUGAAUAGUGUUAACACUGGGUGAUCGCUUGAGUUGAAUAAAAACGUAACAUCUUUUCAUAAUCAUAUGGUAAGAGAGGCUAGAUGUGUUACUGAUGAAUCAAUGAAUGUCUUGAAGGAUUGUGGCUUGAUGCUUACUAAUGACAUUAAGGAGAUCCUUAAAGGGAUAUAUUAUAAAGGUUGUGUUAUAAACGGCCUCCUCUAACCAAACCUGAAUCAGGAUGAUCCUUUAAUUCCUAGCAUUAGCAUAUAGCCUUCAUUUCCCCUAUCCCUUUAAUCAGCCAGCAGGUAAAGGAUAUGAUUGUGUGCCAAUAUAUUGUAGCUAUGUUUUAAGACAUUUUUUCAAGCUUUCUUUCUAGGUCACAGUCAGACUGAGAUAUCUCGAAAAACAUUGACAAAGUGAUGAAAGAAGGAAGUUAGUUACCCCAGGCAACAGAAAGAGAACAAAUUGACAAUGCUCUCUCUCUUCUGGUUACCCUGGUCUGUGCCACUCUUCAUCUCACAUUGUAUGUUAGGGCUUACAGUGCAGGGGCAGGGAGGGGGGAAGUUGUCUGUGUAUUCACCUCCCCUCUCCCGGCCUGUGUCUUGUGAAAAGAGGCAGAGAAAAAACAGCAGCUGCUCGGCACUCCGACAAGACCCUCCAGAUUGUUCUCUUCAUAAAGAACUUCAGCUGCCGGAACACCACUGAACACCAUUGACUCAAAGAGGGCGAGAGCUGGAGAGCGAGAAGGCUCUCAGUUCUCUCUCCCCGGGCCAAAAUCGCGCACAAAAUAUGCAUACUACACAUCAAUCCGGGAUGGGUGUCCAGACGUACUCCACAGGGACGGCGAUGUGUAAGCUGCAUUGUAAAUGUGUUUUUCUUUCUCUGCCACCCCCCCAUUGGACUCUACUGCUUCGACUCGGGGAACCAUUGUAAGUGAGAGGGGCCUGCACCCGAGCUGGUUAAAUCACUUAGUCAUGGAGUAGGGAGGGGGCAUGUGAGCUACUGUAUUCUGUUUUUCACCACAGUGUCUCAGCGUCGGAUGUUUUAUGGUGUACCCUUUUGUGAACCAUAAUGGAGUGGAUUUGGCAAAUGCGGUAGGAGUGUACCGUUCUGAAUAAAAAGUUACUUGAACUCAA